UUUUCUCCAAUUGAAGCCCUCACAGGCCAGUGUCCCCCAGCUGUCAGUGUUUAUACUACGUUUUUAAGGAUUUGCCAUGAGAGCAUCUUUAAAACUCCUUUUUUGUCCACUGGAAUUAUGCUUACCAUUUUUAAGUUGGGAAUAGAGUAGUUGCUUUGGAAGACGAUAAUUGGGCAUCCGAACAGCAUGACCAAUUCAAUGAAAUGGAUGCUGAAGAAUCAUCGCUUCGACACUCAGCGUCUCCCUUCUGCCACUCAUUUUCUCUUGCAGUUUACUCUUGCAGAUACUUCUGUCCUUUGUGUAGUAUGCUAGUUUCUGUACACACACACCUGACAAGCGAGAAGCCUCAUCAGAGUUUGAGGACACAGUCCAGCCAGGCAAAAACACUCCUCUGAAGGACCAAUGGGGCUGUGUGGCUUAAGACAGUCAAAAUCUAUUUGAAGAUGUCCUCUCCUGAAAUUGCCUCUCUCUCGUGGGGCCGGAUGACUGUCAAAGGCUGUUCCACAACUUACAAGGACUGUAAAGUCUGGCCUGGGGGCAGUCGGACAUGGGACUGGAGAGAGACGGGAACUGACCAUGUUCCAGGAGUGCAGCCCGCAGAUGUGGAAGAAGUUGUUCGAAAGGGUGCCAAGACGUUAGUGAUCGGCCGUGGCAUGAGCGAAGCCUUGCAGGUGCCGUCAUCCACCGUGGACUACCUGAAGAGCCAUGGGAUCGAUGUGCUGGUCCUGCAGACGGAGAAAGCUGUGAAAGAGUACAACGCUUUGGCCACCAAAGGGGCCAAAGUGGGUGGGGUCUUCCAUUCCACCUGCUAGAGCAAACUUCCCCAACUUGGUGUCCCCCCAGAUGAUUUGGGUUUCAGCUCCCACAAAGCCCCUGUGAGGCUUUCUGCGGGCACCAGGUUGGCAAAGCCUGCUUAGAGAGAUGAAGCUAACCUCUCCCCUUCCACCGUCUUGUGCCUUCAUGUGAAUAAAAGAGAGCCGUUUUGGGUCAGCAGGCAUUCUGUGUGCGUCGCUGUGUGCCAAGUCUUGAAAGCUUUCAAAACGAAACCACAAACACUGAAUUUCACUAGCUUAGGAGUCAAAAGUUUUUAAAAGUGGGCAGCAGUUGUGCACCCGCACAGCCAAGAGUGCCUUGCAACUUCAGUUCAGGAUUCCUGAAUAUUAAAGAGUCCUGCUGGAUCAGGCCAACGGCCUGUCUAGUCCAGCAUCCCGUUCUCACGGUGGCCAACCAGAUGUCCUUGGAGAAACCCGCAAGCAUGGCGUUGCCACCUUUGGUCAGGGAAAAUAAGGGACAGGUGGGGAAGAUUGUGGGGCUAAAAUUUGCUUUACCUGGUGCAGAAAUGACUUCAAAGCAAUCCAUUACAAUGGGCUGUUUCCAAUGCUGGUCGUAACUCAUAUAGGACACCCAAUGAAACUUGUGGAUCCAAGUUAGCAAUGGACAUUA